AUGUCCAGCGAGGUGCACUCGGCGCCACCGACGCCGCGGCCGGUGUCGACCCCGCCGUCGCAGAUGCACUCCCCGGCGCCCAGCCGGUCGCCGCUGCGCGCGAUGGUGACGCCGCUCGCCAGCCCCGUGAGGAAGGCGGUGGCGAGCGUGAAGGGCUACCUGGAGGAGGUGGGCCACAUCACGCGGCUCGCCGACCCGCACGACGCCUGGCUCCCCAUCACCGCGUCCCAGAGCGGCAACUCCUACUACGCCGCCUUCCACAGCCUCAGCUCCGGCAUCGGCUUCCAGGCGCUCGUGCUCCCCGCCGCCUUCGCCUCACUCGGAUGGGCGUGGGCGAUCGUCUGCCUGACCGUGGCGUUCGCGUGGCAGCUCUACACGCUGCGGCUGCUGGUGAACCUCCACGAGCCCGUCGCCGGCGGCACGCGGUACAGCCGGUACAUGCACCUCGCCACGACAGUUUUCGGCGAGAAAUGGGGGAAGAUCCUGGCGCUGCUCCCGACGAUGUACCUGUCGGCGGGCACCUGCACGGCGCUCAUCAUCGUGGGCGGCGGCAGCAUGAAGAUCCUCUUCAGCAUCGCGUGCGGGCCGGCGUGCGUGGCGCGGCCGCUCACCACCGUGGAGUGGUACGUCGUCUUCAUCUGCGUCGCCGUGGUGCUCUCCCAGCUCCCCAACCUCAACUCCAUUGCCGGCGUCUCCCUGGUGGCCGGCACGGCCGCAGUCGGGUACUGCACCAUGAUCUGGGCCGUGUCCGUGGCCAAGGGGAGGUUGGCCGGCGCGUCCCACGACCCGGUCAAGGCCGCCGGCGACGUGGACAGGACCAUCGCGGUCCUCAAUGGCCUCGGCAUCAUCGCGUUCGCUUUCAGGGGGCACAAUCUUGUCCUCGAGAUUCAGGGCACAAUGCCGUCGACUCUGAAGCACCCCUCUCACGUGCCCAUGUGGAAGGGCGUCAAGUUCGCCUACGCCGUCGUCGCCCUCUGCCUGUACCCCGUCGCCGUCGGCGGCUUCUGGGCCUACGGCGACCAGAUGCCGCCCAACGGGGUCCUCAGCGCGCUCUACAAGUUCCACAGCCGGGACGUGUCAAGGCUGGUGGUGGGGCUGGCGACGCUGCUGGUGGUCGUCAACUGCCUCACCACGUUCCAGCUCUACGCCAUGCCGGUGUUCGACAACAUGGAGGCCGGCUACGUGCACAAGAAGCACCGGCCGUGCCCCUGGUGGCUGCGCGCGGGGUUCCGCACCUUCUUCGGCGCCGUCAACCUCCUCAUCGCCGUCGCCAUGCCCUUCCUCUCGGAGCUCGCGGGUCUCCUCGGGGGCAUCUCGCUGCCGGUGACGCUCGCCUACCCGUGCUUCAUGUGGGUGGCGAUCAUGAAGCCGCCGAGAGGCUCGGCGAUGUGGUGCCUCAACUGGGCGCUCGGAAGCCUCGGCAUGGUCCUCAGCUUCGCCCUCAUCGUCGGGAACCUGUGGGGGCUCGUUGCCAGAGGCCUUCAUGUGCACUUCUUCAAGCCCGAGUAGUGCCAAUCAAGAAGCAACAGAAGACAAAAUGCGAUGCAGUGCUGUCUCGUUUUCCCCCCUUUCUUUCUGAGAAAUAUAUGGUGUCGUGUACUGAAACCUGAAACCUGAAUCGAUUUUCUUUGGAAGCACAGCUGAAUUUACGUUUCAACAUACUACUAUUAAA